AUGUCUCAACAACACCAAUGUCUCUCUCUGUCUCUGGGUGGGCUUGAAAAAGCGAGCCAGCAUGUUUGCCAUGUAUCUUUGCCACCUUCUUCUCCUUUCUUCUCUCCCUCCCUAAUCCUCCCCCCCAAAAAAAAAACAUCCCUCAAUUUCUUAAGACGAAAGUCGAAUUGCAAAGCGAAACAAAAAAGAGUCGACAGCAAACAUCCAAUACCUUCCUCAACGGGAUUCAUCGACAAAACCUUGGAUGAUGACGCUCACCGUGUUCCCCCUCGACGGCGGUUCCUUCGAUAA